AUGGAAGGGGGUUAUUCCUCGGACUUGUGGUACGAAGUCCCAAGCAGUGACCUGCAGGAGGGGAGGGGCAGCGAGCCGGCUGCCUCCGAGGACCCGGGGACCCUGGAGAGCCCCACGCUCUUCACCAAAAGGUAUGGGCCACAGGCCCUGGAGGAGGAGGAGGAGGAGGAGCCCGAGGGCGAGCUCAGGCAGCAGGACCUGCAGGAGGCCUGCGUCCAGCUGGCCCCAGGCGUGCAGGAGUGGCAGGACGGCUGCGUCUACCGAGGGCAGUUCGGGCUGGGCAUGAAGAUGGGGUCGGGAGAGUUCUCGUGGCCCACGGGCGAGUCCUACCACGGGCAGUUCUACCGGGACCACUGCCACGGCUUUGGCACCUACACGUGGCCGGACGGCUCCCAUUUCACCGGCAUGUUUUACCUCAGCCACCGAGAAGGCUACGGCACCAUGUACAUGAAGGCCCGGCUCUUCCGGGGGCUGUACAAAGCGGACCAGCGCUUUGGACCAGGCGUGGAGACCUUCCCCGACGGCAGCCAGGACGUGGGGCUGUGGUUCCGGGAGCACUUGCUCAAGCUGUGCACCGUGGUCCCCUGCGGCUUCUCCAUCCUCAGUUACCCGGAGUUUGCGGGCUUCCUCACGGACGCUGUGGCCAAAGUCAGCCUUUCCGACGAGGGGACCUUGCGGUGGGACCUGUGCGAGCAGCAGGACCCGUUCUUCUACGACUACAAGCGCUUCCUGCUGGACGACGAGCUGACGCUGCCCCCGGAAGUGCACGUCUACUCGACCGACAACGCCCACAUGCCCGUGACCCGGACUCUCCGCCGAGACCUGGACGCCAGCAUCUUCCUGGGUGGCGUCCCUCCCUUCAUUGAGGACGGAGAGCCCUGGUUCGUCCAAAACGAGACUCCCCUUCUGGUCAGAAUCCAGAAGCAAGCUUACAAGUUCAGGAACACGAAGGCCCACUCCCGCUGGAACAUGGGCGCCAUCCUGGAGGGGGACCGGAGUGGCUUUGCGCGCCCCGGGCCCAAGGAGCGGCUUUCCAGGGAGCUGAUCCUGAAGGCCGAGGAAGGGAACUACAGCUGGAUUUACGGGAUCCUGAGAGACAACCUGGCCAGUCCCGACGUGGCCGACGCACGGGGCUACACCGUGCUCGCCGCCGCCGCAGUUCACUGUCACACUGACGUUGUCAACCUGCUGCUGGACAACGGGGCCGACGUGAACAAGUGCACGGACGAGGGCCUCACGCCUCUCAGCAUGUGCUUCCUCCUCUACUACCCGGCCAGCUCCUUCAAGCCCAACGUUGCCGAGAGGACAGUGCCCAAGACCCAGGUCAGCCCGCGGGCCCUCGACCUGGGUGUUCCAAAACUCCCAGAAACUCAGUUCCGCUCCUCCACAUUCCGCUACCCAGACUCCACCUCCCACAGCGAGCUGGCAUUCACCCCAGGCAGCCAGGAGUCCGACCAUCCACGGGGCAGCCCUGAGAAGUGGGAGUCCACGUCGCUGAGGGACAGCACCAGUGACCUGGACAAAGGGCUGGAGGACACUUCGGGGAACCUGGACAGACACACGCUGGGCAGCGAGACCAACUCCGAGUCCAGCGCGCAGAACUUCUCCGCGGAGCUGACGCAGGACCUGCCGGAGAGGAGCGCUGAGGCCUGGGGCGCGUCGGAGGGGCCCUUCAGCGAGAUGGGCACUGACGGAGGGACCGAGAGGCAGGUGUCGCAGUGCGCGGUCAGACAUGGAAACAGGUGGCUGACCAUCGCCCUCCUGCUGCACCGAGGCGCUGAUCCCAACCUGUGCCGAGUGCCCAUGCAGGUCCUGUUCUUCUGCGUGAAGGCCGGGGACGCGGACGGGGUGCGGAUGCUGCUGGAGAAUGGAGCCAGGACGGACAUCCAGUUACCCCCUACGCUGGGGGCCCUGACCCCGCUCCACAUCGCCGCCGCCCUUCCCGGGGUGGAGGGCGUCAGGAUAACAGAGCUGCUGCUUCACACGAUCACGGACGUGGACGCCCGAGCGACGGACCAGGACGACGUGUACAAAAGACACCAGCUAGACCUGCUGCUGCCUUCAAGCCUGAAGCUCAAUGGUGAGGCAGGCCCGCCCAGCAGCUACUACAGCGCACACUCGUCCGUCCCCAAGGAGGGCGGCAGGACGCCCCUGCAUGUGGCCUGUGAGCGGGAGGACAACUACAGGUGUGCCCGGGACGUGGUCCAGCUGCUCCUCUCGCACAGGGCGGACACCAGCCUGCUGUGGAGCGGCCACUCCCCGCUGUCUCUGUCCAUCGCCAGUGGGAACGAGCUGAUUGUGAAGGAGCUCCUGGCCCACGGCGCGGACCCCAACCUGCCCCUGACCAAAGGCCUGGGCAGCGCCCUGUGUGUUGCCUGCGACAUUUCCUAUGAGCACCAGAGGGGCACGGACAGCAAGCUGGCCCUGAUUGACCGGCUCAUUAACUACGGAGCCGACAUCCUGGCCCCUGUGACGCUGAUGCAGGGGGACAAGGUGGCUGUGGGCACAGCGGUGGACUACGGGUAUUUCAAAUUCUUCCAGGACCGGAAGAUCGCCCACUGCCCCUUCCACAUGCUGAUGCCUGCGGAACGGGAGACCUUCAUGGCCCGGAAGCGGCUCCUGGAGUACCUGGGCUUGCAGCUGCGGCGCGCCGUCCUGGCCAAGGAGAGCCAGUGGGACCCGAAAGUGCUCUACCUGAGCAAGAGAGCGGAGCUGACCCCCUACUUCAGGCUGAAGCAGAAGGGCACUGGCCUGCCGAAGGCGCUGGAGGAGCUGGAGAUCCCCUUCUUCAAGUUCUGCUACCAGUGCGGCCGCUCCGUGGGGGUGCGCCUCCAGCCCUGCAGCCGCUGCUACGGCAUCCUGACCUGCGGCAAGACCUGCAAGACCAGGGCCUGGAGCGAGUUCCAUAGUAAGGACUGCAGCGCCCUGGUGGCCAUGGGGAAAACGUAUCUGCCUCGGUUCAGAAAGGCCCAGGAGCCUCCAAAGCAUGUGUUCCAGUGCCAGGAGCCCGAGUGGUGCAGGUGGAAGCAGGUCUACACCAGCUACAACCAGGAGUGA